AUGAAGCGGUUACAACAAAUUGCAGCAUUCUACAAAGAUGAGUUGUUCUCCCAGUGGAAUGGGGCACAUCCUUGCGAAAACAUAUUCAUUGAGAAGGCGCAUACGCCAGCAGAACUGGAGCAUGUCAUUGAAAGCAGGCUCCCUCGAUUGCUAGAGCAGCACUCGCCAGGACUCGUUGUCAUUGAUUCCAUCGCAGCCCCUCUGCGGGGGGAUGAGGCGUAUCAGGGUUGCCAGGAGAGCGCCUCGAGAUCAGAGUUUUUGAUCAAGACGUCACGAUUGUUGAAGCAUCUAUCAUCUCGGUAUGCAGAUUCUCCAUUUUAUCCACGAUUGAUUGACAUUCCCUGCUACUCCAGAUUCAAUUGUGCAGUUGUAACUGCGAAUCAAGUAACAGAUUCCUUCUCCCCGAAUGAGGACAGCUCAUAUACAAAGCGCAAACAAACGAAGCAAGCCGCUCUGGGAUUGACAUGGUCACAAGGUGUCAACGCCAGAUUGAUUUUGCUAAGGCCUACGAUGAAUGAUGAUUAUCUGAUUGAUGAAGUCGAGGAGGAGGGCAAUCCAGACAUAGCCCCUUCAUUUCAGGCACUGAAAGCAGAUAAAUAUUCCGCAGGAUCAAUUAGACCCUCCUCUCAGGCAAAACUUUUGUGGUCUCCGUGGGCACCUCCAGGUAUCUGCGAAUUCAGAAUUGGCUUCCGGGGGUUAGAAUCGGACGAGAUGUGCGACAACAAUGAUGAAUAG